AUGGUGGUAUCCUGGGGAGUAAUUAAAGGCUCUGGUUACAAAGAAACUUUGCUCGUGGCCUGGCUGAGAGUGGACACGCAAACCAUCCUGACCAUACAUAGUCAUGUGAUAACCAAGAAUCAUCGAAUCGCAGUGACGCACAGCGAACACAGGACUUGGUAUUUGCACAUCAAGGAUGUCAGGGAAUCGGAUCGGGGUUAUUACAUGUGUCAAAUUAACACGGACCCCAUGAAGAGUCAAGUCGGCUAUUUGGACGUGGUUGUUCCUCCCGAUAUCCUCGACUACCCGACGAGCACCGAUAUGGUGGUGAGGGAGGGCUCUAAUGUCAGUUUACGAUGUGCAGCUAGGGGAUCCCCCGAGCCGACCAUAGCCUGGCGCAGAGAAGGUGGCGAAGCCAUCCCCCUUGGGAACGGACAGGAAGAAUUUACUGAAACUGCAAGGCAACAAUAA